AUCCUUUCCGAUUAAGCAGUUCCGGUCCCAAUUCGAAACCCUAUUUUCCCUUCGAAGUGCCAAUUUCUGGAUCAGUGAUGGCGCCCAAGGCAGAGAAGAAGCCCGCAGAGAAGAAACCCGCCGAGGAGAAGAAGUCGACGGUGGCGGAGAAGGCACCGCCGGCAGAGAAGAAGCCAAAGGCCGGGAAGAAGCUUCCUAAGGAAGGAGGUGCCGCGGGCGACAAGAAGAAGAAGAGAAACAAGAAGAGCAUAGAGACAUACAAGAUCUACAUCUUCAAGGUUCUCAAGCAAGUUCACCCAGACAUUGGAAUCUCCAGCAAGGCCAUGGGUAUAAUGAACAGCUUCAUCAACGACAUAUUCGAGAAGCUUGCCCAGGAAGCUUCUAGACUGGCUCGUUACAACAAGAAACCCACCAUCACUUCAAGGGAAAUUCAGACCGCGGUCAGGCUUGUGCUGCCCGGAGAAUUGGCUAAGCAUGCUGUCUCAGAGGGUACCAAAGCUGUUACCAAGUUCACUAGAGAGAAGAAGCCUGCGGAGAAGAAACCCGCCGAGGAGAAAAAGUCAACGGUGGCGGAGAAGGCGCCGCCUGCGGAGAAGAAGCCAAAGGCCGGGAAGAAGCUACCAAAGGAAGGAGGUGCCGCUGGCGACAAGAAGAAGAAGAGGAGCAAGAAGAGCAUAGAGACAUACAAGAUCUACAUCUUCAAGGUUCUCAAGCAGGUUCACCCUGACAUUGGAAUCUCCAGCAAGGCCAUGGGUAUAAUGAACAGCUUCAUAAACGACAUAUUCGAGAAGCUUGCCCAGGAGGCUUCUAGACUGGCUCGUUACAACAAGAAACCCACCAUCACUUCGAGGGAAAUUCAGACCGCGGUCAGGCUUGUGCUGCCCGGAGAAUUGGCUAAGCAUGCUGUCUCAGAGGGUACCAAAGCCGUUACCAAGUUCACUAGUUCUUGAACUAACAACCUUGUGAUUUUGUUGGGAACGUGUUGGCUUUGUUGGCUCCCCAACUUUGUUUAGGUAUCCUGUCAGGGAUAUGUUUAGAUUUGAACUAGUAGUUGAUUUUUUUUUUUCCUAUUCAAAAGAAAUUGUAAGUGAAGAAAUCUGGUUUGAUGAACCUUUUGUCUAUGGAUUCAG